ACGCAUAUAGGGCAAAACAAUUGGUCAAAAUCCACAGAUUGUCCCAAUUAUCCCAUUGGGGUAAAUGGACACAGGACCUGCUACUCGUCUCAUAAAGGGGCGGGGCAAUGACAAGAGCUAAGUGACACGGAGACAGGAAUUGACACUUGGGUGCACGUCGCGUUUCCAAACUUUUAUUAUUAUUAUUAUUAUUAUUCUCUGAAAACCUAUAUGUGAAUAAUCUUCAUUGGUGGGCGAGCUCAAAGAAUGCAUUCAAUAUAGUGUUGUUAUUUUUAAUAAUUUGUUGUGGCCAAUCUCUUGCGUAACGUUUUGAGGAUUAUGUUUUUUUGUUUUGUUUAGUUUUGAUAAAAGUUACAAUGAGACUAUGUUUGGUAAUGAGGUUAGAAACUUUCUUACGAUGUUUGAAGCCAGGGUAUACAUUAAGCCAGUGUAAAGUCCUUUCAAACAUAGAAACACGAGUUUACUUGUACGUGUGUAUUUGCGUGCAUGCGUGUGUGUCCGCGCACGGGCGUGUGUGUGUCUGAUAGCUCAGACGUCACGUCUGCCGUUAGCCCGGUCAGAUCAGAUCGGAUGAGCCGUUGGUUCUCCCUGGAAGUAAACGAAACUAAAUCCGUAGAUGAAGGCAUUUUAAGACACAACAUCCCAGCGAACCGGGCUUUUGUUGUGCUUUUAUUUAUCCCGAAGUUAACGGCAGAAACUGACAGGGCGGAAGGAAACCGAGCUGAGCUUAAGAAGUUGUUCGUCGAAAUUCGCUCGUGUUGCUGCUGGGUGUACCACCACACUGUCUCCGGUGAUCCGACUGGUCUGACACUACUGGGGGAUCAAUAACUGAUGAUGGAGAGGAGGAGGACGGACUGUCCCGCUCUGCCGCCCGGCUGGAAGAAAGAAGAAGUGAUCAGGAAGUCCGGACUGAGCGCUGGAAAGAGCGACGUCUACUACUACAGUCCUACAGGGAAGAAGUUCAGGAGUAAGCCUCAGUUGUCCCGUUACCUCGGAAACACAGUGGAUCUGGCAUGUUUUGACUUCCGCACGGGGAAGAUGAUGCCUGGGAAACUACAGAAGAACAAACAGAGAUUCAAGCACGACCCACUGAGCUUGGCCAAGGGAGGUAAACCAGACCUGAACACAUCUCUACCGAUCAGACAAACAGCUUCCAUCUUUAAGCAGCCUGUUACUAAGGUUACGAGUCACCCUAGUAACAAGGUGAAGACAGACUUGCAGAGAGCAACUGAGCAACCCAGGCAGCUGUUUUGGGAGAAGAGAUUGAAAGGUCUACGGUCAUCAGAUGUCACAGAACAAGUCCUGCGCACCAUGCGCCUACCCAAAGGAGUGCAGACCCUCUCUUUCUUGGCAGGCAUUGGUCCAGACUCCAGCGAUGACACUCUCCUGUCCGCCAUUGCCAGCGCUCUGCACAUGAGUUCUGUUCCAAUCAUGGGACAAACAUCUGGUGCUGCUGAGAAGAACCCAGCAAUCUGGCUAAACACAUCCCAGCCACUCUGCAAGGCCUUCACCAUCACCGAUGAACAUAUUCGGGAGCAGGAAAUAAAAGUGCACAAGGCCAGAAGGAGUUUGGAGGAGGCACUGAUGGCUGACAGUUUGGCGCGAGCCGCAGAAAACGCCCGGGAACUGCUUGAAGGGAAGACCACCUGAAGAAAUAUAGAGUUCCUGUGUGUACCACAAAAUUAUCACCACCUUUGUAAUAAUCCAGAUAUCAAAACAAAAACAGUCAGCCCCUCGAAUGAAACAUCCCCUGCCUUGUUGCCUCAGGGGCCAUCUCUUCAACCUUCCUGUCACAGAGACCUCUUUUGCUGUGACAUCACACCCUACAUCUGUCUGGAGACAGAAGCAACAAUGAACAGCAAGAACAGCAAUAAUGGAAUCAGCAAUGACAAAACUAUAACAUGACAACACAAACUGCUACAAUAAUUUAGGUAUCUACCAGCACAAAACAACCAAAGCCUUAAACAUGCUCUGUGAUUUAGUAUAACUUAUUUGUUGUGUUUUUUUUUGUUUUGUUUUUUUUUUUUGUUUUUUGUCAAAGCAUUUAUAUUUUCUCAGAUUUCAAAUUUAAAUAUAUGUUUAAUUCUUUUUUAAUAUAUACUGAAGGACAUAUCCUUAAUUAUAUUCAAAGUGAGGUUGCAAACUGCUGGGCGGCUUUUGUUGACUAUUUUAACUUCCACUCUGCUCAUUGAUGAUUUUGCUUAUUUGCAGUGUCAGAUGUUUUCAGCCUUUAGGGGUUUUAAUUAAAUAAUGAUAUUCUACAUUAAUAUAUAAAAGAACAAUUUCUUACUUACACAAAUUUUAUACGCUCAAAGUACAUAUGUGUACAUUUCUUUGACUGGAGUAAAUAAAUUAUUAUAUUUA